AUGAAAACCUGUCCUGCGUGCCACCUCCAAGUACGCUUCCAGGAGUACACAUCUGGUUUCCACAAUUUCAACGAUCGCGUCCUACUAACACUACCUCUGUGUCACCUGUUACUGUCAGCACUAGCUAACAAAACAGCUCCUGGUCGCAUGCUUUCGACAAUAACACAUUUCAAUGACAACCACUUCCACCAUCAAACAGUCAGAAAGGCCUUUCACCACUUUAUGGCCCUUGUUGACUUCCACUUUGGAUUUACGUGCAACCAGUGUGGAUAUUAUCCCCCAAUUAUGAUUGCUGAUGCUAACUGGAAAUUGGCAUUCGAAAUACCUGUUGGAACAUUCAAAAGGCCUGACCUCAGCAAGAUAACAGAGAAUGACUUAAGUGUUGACAUUGCUAAGGCGUGGACAAACCUAGACAAAGAACUUGUGGCCGAAGGGUUUCUGACAGGCACCUCCGUUCAGAAUCCUUUCAAAAACAAAGGAAGCUACUCAACAUUGGCGCCAUGGAUGGGGAGAGAUCCUCAAAGGAAAGAGCUGCAAGAGGCCUGUCUUGCACUUGGUGUCAGUGAUGAAGGCUCCGUAACCGACCUGAUAAAUCGUCUUGAAGAGUUGGUGAAUUUUAAAGAUAUUUACCCAAAACUCUUCAUUAAGAUCCAAAAAACUGGAGGUGGAAUAUUGCAUUUCUCCUGUCAUCAUGGAGUUGUGUACUACAUCAACUUUUUGUUUUGGACAGAAUCAGCAAGAGACCAUGUUGAUGUUACUGCCUCUGCCAUUAACAACAACAUGUUUUGUUCAACUUCGAAAGCAUUGGAGCAGUCUGUAUCAGCUGAUACAGUGACUUCUGAAGUUUGCAAUUAUGCUGCAAGUGAGGGUAAAAAGGCACUUCUGAGAGAACUGCUUAGUGAGGAACGCAGUCAGCAUGUCAGCAUAGCCAAAAUUGGAAAGCGCUUUCCAAUCACCAUCAGAGACAUCAAAAGUGUCUGCCCUUUACAACUGCUAAAUAAUGCCAAUUCUGCAAUGCCUUGGCUAACUGAUGAUGCUGUGAACUUCAGAGUGGCCCAGAUAAUGAAAAAAUGCAACAAGUCUGUGAGUUUAGGGCACUAUGACUUUAUAUUUUGGUCCCGUGAUUGGAAGCAAUUUAAACACGUUCAAGACCACACUCUGCGAUAUCUGAAGACUGCAGAUAGAAUCUUUCUGCCUAGAAUUGUAGGGCACCAAACCCCAGAAACUGGUAACCAUUUCAUUCUGUGGGUUCUGGAUUUCGCUAAUGCAGAAAUCAGAAUCUAUGAUUCACUGAACAUUUACACAACCAUCAGCGAUGAAGACAUGGCUCUUCUGGGAAAUGUGUUCAGAAACCAGGGAGGUCUUACUGGAUGGCGUACUAUUCUCCCUCAACAGUGGAGACAGAGAGAUGGUGUUAACUGCGGAAUCUUUGUGUGCUCGGCUGCUGAGAAUGACGUCCAAAAUCUAGUUCUUUCAAAACAAACUCUAACAUGCUCACAGUGCAGAGAACUCAGAAUAUAUCAUGCAACAGAAAUGAUCAAAGGCCUCUCUGCUCAGGAUUUUCCAUUGGCUGAGGAAAAAAUGAGUUUGUGUUUUCCAGCGAGAAAAGGGAUCAUUGAGGGCGCUCCAUCCUCAAGCUAA